GCAACUUGUAUCGUGUUUGUGAUUUAAAUUUAGGUUAAGAUACGGGAGUAUUCCACUCAUUUUGGUGUUGUUCCGGUAUUUCCGAUCAUUUCCGAUAUGACUGGAGUUCGGUAGGAUGGACGCAAUUUUGUAAUACUUUUUUUUUCUCGAACGAAAAUCAAGCUUCUUCAAAAUUAUUCGAAAACAAAAUCGGAAAAUAAAAAGAACAAAUGAGAUUCAAAUUUGAUCUUUCGUACGCAUCAUUAUUAGCAAAUUAUAAUUAAUUGCUUUCGUCGAGACAGCGGUAUUUAAAUUUUUAUGUGUUAACGUGUACUAAAUACAUGAAAAAUAAGACUACGUAUAUAAUAUAUACGAACAUGUAGGAAUUGGAUCGGAAGUGCGAAAGAUCCAUAAUUAACGUAUAUAUGUACAUACAGGAUAUCGUCGAGAAGUUUGUUAUAUAGCGCGCAUAGGUUAGGUUACCGUCAUUAUGAGCGAAAUUUCAGAAACACAGAGCAAAGACAGUGGCUCUGUUAUAACUGAACAAGAACGUGAGUUGGCACAGAAUAUACUGUCGGAGUUUCAAAACGGCUCCUACGUCUCGUGCUUGACAUAUUUGAACAAGUUGGAGUGCCUUCGGCCGACUGAUCUCAAAGUUACGCAUAACAAAGUCGUGGUGGAAUAUUAUAAAAGUGACUUGAAAAAAACUGAGCUGACACGAAAGAGUUUGAACGCUAUAUGCGGUCAGAUAUCAAUGACGGAUUCUAACGAGACUAUCGACGACGUCGAGAAGUGUGUUAUGAGAUAUAACCAAGCUGUUUUAUUAUAUCACACUAAGCAAUAUAGUGCUGCGCUUCAAAUUAUGACUAGGCUGUUUGCCUUUAUCGAACCAAUGGAGGAAACUUUAGCGCAUAAAGUUUGUUUGCUACUGAUAGAGUUAUAUAUAGUAACGGAGCAACCGGAUGCAGCACUGUCGAUAUUAAAUUACGUGGAGAGUCAAUUUAUAUCCACCGACAGUUCCAAGAUAUCUGCUAUUGACAAGGAUGGAAUAAUGAAAUCCAUUAAAGAGCAAAGGGAGCAAAAGAAAGAUAUAGUUGGCGAUGCAGCGACGGAUGCAUUUAAGAUUAAACUUUUGAAAUAUAAAGCCAGAAUAUAUCUCCUAACUCAUCAACUGAAACUCUGUAAAAAAGAAUGGAAGACAUUAGUUUCAUUGGGCAUAGUGAAUACAUCGACCAUUUUUUUGAAGGCUAAUUUGGAAUAUUUACGAGGAAAUUACGAUAAGGCAAUGCAAUUUUUGAAUUCUAAAAUGAAAGAAAAUUUAGAUUUUAAAUUACGUGGGGAAUCUUUGGAUGUUUUGUUUUAUAACAAUAUGGCAUGCCUAUAUCUCGCAAUGGGCAAGCCGACUUUGGCUUGUUCUUAUCUUCAGAGAGCUUUACACGCGAAUGACUGCGCGUUGAAGAGCACGCAGGUCAAAGACUCUGAUUCUUUAUCUUCUCAACCAUUGUACACGCUCGGUGGUGAUAAACAUUCCGAGUUAAUGUACAGUUUGGGUGUAUCAUUCUUGUACGCUGGUAAAGCGUCAAAAGCCUUUGAUUGCUUCACAGAUGUGGCACAAAGAGUAUGCAAUAAUCCUAAACUCUUGCUCAGAAUGGCAGAAUGUUGUAUCUACAAUCAUAAAUGUUCAAACGAAGUCGAUUUCAACAUUUCGAAACGGUGUAAAGAUUUGGUGCAGAAAGUUAUGGGUUCUGGUAUUCAUAAAAAAAUCAUAUUACCUACGUCUCUUUCAAAGGAUAUUAAAUAUCAUUCGGAAGGGCUAUCCUACGCAAUUCCACAACCAACAUUGGAAUUUGGAUAUCUAUGUUUGAAGAAUGCAUUAUUUUUACUUUCAAACACCAACGAGUCAAACGUACCUGUAACAACCAUGGCGAAUUCAGUGUCAUUAUCGUUAUCUGGUCACAAUUUAGGCAUCCAACAUGUAACGUUAACGUCACAAGCUACAGCUAUCGAAUCUUUCAAUUUGAAAAUUAGUGUCUUGGCUGCUAGCGCUUAUGUCUCCUUGUGUCUCGGAGAUUACAUAUUUUCGCUCGAAUAUGCAAAAACUCUGUUAAGUUUUAACAAGUUACCCGGAGCAUAUAAAUUGCUAGGCAACUUGUAUGCUGCAGAAAGUUUAAUAUUUAUGGACAAAAUUAGUGAAGCACUCGAGUAUCUUAAGCUAGAAAAUCUUCAAGAUUUAAAUACAUUUAUGUCUGUGUCAGAAAUUCAGGAGAAGGAUAAGGAAAAAGCAGAGGAAAUCGUGGUAAAGCCUGUAAAAGCUUGGUAUCCUACGACAGUUUCUACAGGCAUUGCUGUGAUACGUUACAACUUGGCUGUGGCUUAUGCCAUACGAGGCGAACUAGACAAAUCUGGAGAAAUCUUAAAACAAAUAUGGAUGUCAAAAGAACCAGAUUGUGAUAUACCUAUACAAGUGAUAAUGUUGGCCCUGUAUAUAGAGCUACAAUUAGAUCAUGCUGACGUUUCCAAAUCAAUAAUAAAACAACAUUGUCCACAAUAUCGUUAGUAAUUAACAUCAAUCUAUUGACUUGGAUUAUAAGCGUAUCAAUAUUUAAGUAUUCUCAAUUUGUAGCAAAAAUAUCAAUUUUUUAUAUCUUUUCUCGUGAUUAGAAUAUUAAAAUAUUUAUCUUUGUAUAGCCACGCUGUAAUACUUUUAUAUGCAAAAGAAAGAUCAAUGUACAUAGGAAAAUGUGUUAAAGUUAUAUCUUAAAGUAAAAUAUCACACAUGUAUA